AUGCCAGAACAAUCUAAACCUGAUCUCAUUAACGAGCGCAAAGCCGGCCUCGAUCUCCCCGAUACCCCUCCAGUAGCAUCCGACUGGAACUCUCUAGAUGCUCGCAACGUCAAUGUCGGUGCUGGUCGUCAACGGCGAGCGGAGAUGCCAAAAGAGGCCAUGUCAGGCAACGAUCCCCAUUCUACAGCGGGCUUGCGGGAACCGGCUUCCGAGGGUAGUGGUGUAAGAGAUGCCGCUGGUAUCAACAUGAGUGGCCUUGGACGGCAAGGAGAGGAGCAUUUAUAG